GAAGCAGCAUGCCUGAGCUGUGCUCCCGCCCUCCCCCCUGGUCAUCUUGAUGAGGAUGCCAACAGUCUGAGAGUAGCUGUCAGUUUGUCGCAAACGGUUUCAACAAGGCGGUGUCAACCUGAAGACAGGAAGGCAGCAAAAGAUCCUUUGAGAAUGUCAGGCUCCUUGGUGGUGUGUGAAGUGGAUGAAAGCCUUAAAGAAAAACUGAAAAAGUUUAGAUUUCGAAAAGAGACCACCAAUGCUGCCAUACUAAUCAAAAUCGACAUGGAGAAACAGCUCGUUAUCCUUGAAGAGGAAUAUGAGGACAUCUCAAUCGAGGACUUGAGGGAUGAACUUCCGGAGCGGCAACCCAGAUUUAUUGUCUACAGCUACAAGUAUGUGCACUCUGAUGGGAGGGUGUCUUACCCUCUUUGCUUCAUAUUCUGCAGUCCAAUGGGAUGUAAGCCAUCGCAACAGAUGAUGUAUGCAGGCAGCAAGAAUCGACUGGUCCAAGCAGCAGAGCUCACAAAGAUCUUUGAAACAAGAAAUGCAGAUGACUUGACAGAAGAGUGGCUGAAGAACCAGCUGUCAUUUUUUCGUUGAGCAUCCAUCUCCACUUGUGUCACUUUUUCAUUGUAAAACAUUCCUCAUGGAAUUUAUUUGUUGUGCAUGCUAUUCAUAUUAAAACAUUUACUGCACAAAAGGAAGUUUUUG